UUCGCCUGGCUCUUUCAGGUAUAGCUGUUCAUAGUUUAGUCUGAGUGAUGGCUGGGUUACUGUCAAGAAGCUUGGUUCUCACACCUUGUGAGAUAUUCAUUCUACUAUUUAUUCUCUUUACUGUGACUGAGGAACAUCCAACCGAGUCCCAGGAACUAGUGCUCCCUGCACGCAUUUAUGGAUCUUCUGCUAGUUUUAAAGUGGGAGAAUACUUUGAGGCAAGGUGCAGCAUAUUUGGAUUAAAGAGAGAUGACGAGAAAGUCUUUGUGUACCUUUGCAAGAAUGGAGUUGGCAUAGCAGUGCUUGAAAGCAAAAACAUGGAUGCCAGUUUCACUGUGGGAAACAUCACAAAAGAGCAUUCAGGAAACUACAGCUGCAUGUUCUCUAGGACAAAGCACCAUCCCUGUGCGGUGAGAGGCCAUGGAGAAAAUUUCAUCUCCAUCCGAGUGACUGAUAUCCACCCAGCAAUCAUAGCUGCCAAGUCCAUGGAAUCAGGGGCAGAAGUGGAUCUCAGUUGCUCCUCUUCGGACGCUUCAGACACAAGCCUCUUUCUUGCCUACCUCUGCAGAAAUCGCACCAUCAUAGAUGUUCAAAUGUGGAAUUCUCAGAAGAAACAGGCUAGUUUCCAUCUAAGAACCCUGCAGGGGAGUGACACGGGCAGCUACAGUUGUGUGCUGUCAGAACAUCCGCUGGCUGCAACAGAGUUGGACACGUGUGGAGUGAACUCAGUGUUCCUGCGUGUGUAUGGUGACAGUGUGUUCCAGUUAAAUGGUCUAACCUCAGUGAUAGCUGUUGAUGAGUCCAGAGUGAGAAAAGGGUCAGACGUGCACUUCAGAUGCUCCUCCACUGAUGCUCCAGACGCCAGUGUCCUUCAUGCUUACUUCUGCAGGAGUCAGACCAUCAUUGGCAUGGAGAUGUUUGACUCUCAGAAGAAACAGGCUAGUUUCCAUCUCAGGGAUGUCCAGGAAGACGACGCAGGCAGCUACAGCUGUGUGGUGUCUGAUAUGCUGCUUGCCGCAAAGGAGUUGGGAGCCUGUGGAAGACAUGCCGUUUUCCUGGAAGUGUAUGGACCUGAGCAUAUUUCACGUUGGAAUGAGAACUUAAUUCGGAUACUGUGUUCCACUGGAGUGGUCAUAAUUGCCGUGAUUAUUCUUCUGAACAGCAGAUUCUGUCAACAAAGGCUGGAGUGCCCAGAGUACGCUCUGGGCGCUCCGAGAGUGUGA